AUGCUCGACCCGUCGUCCAGCGAGGAGGAGUCUGAUGGGAUGGUGGAAGAGGAGAGUAAAGAGGCGAAGGCUCCUCAGGCCGGCUCCCGCGUCUCCCCCAGCAGGACCAGCAACAGCUCGGGUGGUCUGGCCCCCAGCAGCGGCCGCAGCAGCGCUCGCCCGACCAGCCCGAGCCCCUCAGCUGUAAGUGAGGAGAAGGAGGACCUGCAGAUGCUGCAGCGAGAAGAAGAGGACCGCAAGAAGAAGCUGCAGUUGUAUGUUUUUGUCAUGCGGUGCAUCGCGUACCCUUUCAACGCCAAACAGCCCACAGAUAUGGCUCGGCGACAGCUGAAGAUCACCAAGCAGCAGCUUCAGCAGACCAAGGACCGCUUCCAGGCCUUUCUCAACGGAGACACACAAAUAGUGGCGGAUGAAGCAUUCAUCAACGCUGUGCAGAGUUACUCCGAGGUGUUUCUAAAGAGUGACCGCGUGGCCAAGAUGGUGCAGAGCGGCGGCUUCUCAGCCGGAGAUUUCAGGGAAGUGUUCAAGAGGCACAUCGAGAAACGUGUUCGCAGUCUGCCAGAGAUCGACGGCCUGAGCAAAGAGACCGUGCUCAGCUCGUGGAUGGCGAAGUUUGACACCAUCUACCGCGGAGACGAAGACCCCCGCAAGGCUCAGCAGCGCAUGACGGCCAGUGCUGCCUCCGAGCUCAUCCUCAGCAAGGACCAGCUGUACGAGAUGUUUCAGAACAUUCUGGGCAUCAAGAAGUUCGAGCACCAGCUGCUGUACCAGGCCUGUCAGUUGGACAACUUGGACGAGCAGGCAGCACAGAUCCGCAGAGAGUUGGAUGGGCGUCUUCAGAUGGCGGACCAGAUUGCCAGAGGAGGCAAGUUUCCUAAAUUUGUGUCCAAAGAGAUGGAGGCCAUGUACAUCGAGGAGCUGAAGUCGUCCGUGAACCAGCUAAUGGCCAAUCUGGAGAGCAUGCCCGUGUCGAAAGGAGGGGAAUUCAAGCUGCAGAAGUUGAAGCGUGGACACAAUACCUCCAUCAUCGACAUGGGCCAGGAGGACGAGAACACGCUGUCCAAGUCCGACGUGGUGCUGUCCUUCACACUCGAGGUGGUGAUCAUGGAAGUACAGGGGCUCAAGUCACUGGCCCCAAACCGUAUUGUGUACUGCACCAUGGAGGUGGAGGGAGGAGAGAAGCUGCAGACCGACCAGGCCGAGGCAUCUAAACCCACCUGGGGCACACAGGGGGACUUCACCACCACGCACCCGCUGCCCGGCGUCAAGGUGAAGCUGUUUACGGAGAGCACCGGCGUGUUGGCGCUCGAGGACAAGGAGCUGGGAAGGGUUGUGCUCCACCCCACUCCCAACAGCCCCAAACAGUCGGAGCUCCACAAAAUGACUGUUACCAAGGCGUGCCCGGACCAAGACCUGCGGAUCAAGCUGGCCAUCCGCAUGGACAAGCCUCAGAACAUGAAGCACUGCGGGUAUCUCUGGGCUUUUGGAAAGAAUGUUUGGAAGCGCUGGAAGAAGCGUUUCUUUGUCCUUGUACAGGUCAGCCAAUAUACAUUUGCAAUGUGCAGCUACAGAGAGAAAAAGUCUGAACCACAGGAGCUUCUCCAGCUCGAUGGUUACACUGUAGACUACAGUGACCCACAACCAGGUUUGGAUGGGGGCAGAGCCUUCUUCAACGCAGUGAAAGAAGGCGACACUGUCAUCUUCGCCAGUGAUGACGAACAGGAUCGCAUCCUGUGGGUCCAGGCCAUGUAUCGCGCCACGGGCCAGUCCCACAAGCCUGUUCCGCCCACUCAGGUCCAGAAACUCAACUCCAAAGGUGGAGUCUCUGCCCAAAUGGAUGCUCCCAUUUCACAGUUCUCUGGACUCAAGGAUGCUGACAGAGCUCAGAAACACGGCAUGGAUGAGUUUAUCUCGGCUAACCCCUGUAGCUUUGACCACGCCUCCCUUUUUGAAAUGGUGCAGCGGCUCACAUUGGACCACAGACUCAACGACACCUUCUGCUGCCUGGGAUGGUUCAGCCCGGGCCAGGUCUUUGUGCUGGACGAGUACUGUGCCAGGAACGGGGUGAGAGGCUGCCACAGACACCUGUGCUACCUGCGGGACCUGCUGGAGAGGGCAGAGAAGGGGGCCAUCAUCGACCCCACUCUGCUGCACUACAGCUUUGCUUUCUGUGCGUCCCAUGUCCAUGGGAACAGAGAGGGCAGCUACUGGGGGCCGCUGGGCUAUGAGGCCCUCCUGUCCCCAAAGAGCAGCCCCAGCCCAGACCCCAGCUCUGCCACAUUACCGGCACGCAUGUUCAAGUUUAGAAAGAGAAAGGAUCUCAAAUUUCCUUUCUUUCAAGUUCCCAAAAGGCCCGACGGGCUCAGCACAGUCGUCGUAGACGAGAAGGAGCGCUUUGAAGACAUCAAGGAGCGGUUGCGUGUGAUUUUGGAAAACCAGAUUGUAAAUUUCAGAUAUUUUUUCCCCUUUGGUCGUCCGGAGGGGGCUCUGAAAGCAACUUUAUCUUUGCUAGAGAGGGUCCUCAUGAAAGACAUAGUGACCCCAGUUCCACCAGAAGAAGUGAAAGGUGUAAUCCGUAAAUGUUUGGAGCAGGCAGCACAACUCAACUAUCAGCGGAUUAAAGAGUAUGCCACGAAUGAAGUUGAAAAAGGGCAAAAGGAUCAAAAGGAUCCAGAGAACGCAGGCCGCUUAGUCACGCCUGCCAAAAAGCUGGAGGAAACAAUUCGCCUGGCGGAGUUAGUCAUAGAAGUCCUCCAGCAGAACCAGGAACACCACGCGGAGGCGGCAGUCACAAGUUCUGCAGACCAAUCGGCUUUUGCCUGGUGGACAGACUUGAUGGUAGAACAUGCAGAGAACUUCCUGGCCCUCUAUGCCAUCGACAUGGAUGCUGCUCUGGAGAUCCAGUCGCCCGAGAGCUGGGACAGCUUCCCCCUCUUUCAGCUGCUCAAUGACUACCUGCGAACAGACUACCAUCUGUGCAACGGAAAGUUCCAUAAGCACCUGCAGGACCUGUAUGCGCCUCUGGUGGUUAGAUAUGUGGAUCUGAUGGAGUCCUCCAUCGCACAGUCUAUCCACAAAGGCUUUGACCGCGAGUCCUGGGAGCCUGUCAAGAGUUUAACAAGUAAUCUGCCCAAUGUGAACCUACCAAAUGUGAACCUCCAAAUUCCCAAAGUACCAAAUCUGCCAGUGCCAGUAGCUGGACUAUCAGUUAACCUUCCACAAAUGCCUAGCUUUUCAACCCCGUCAUGGAUGGCUGCUAUUUAUGACUCUGAUAAUGGCUCUGGGACGUCCGAGGACCUCUUCUGGAAGCUUGACGCCCUGCAGACAUUCAUCAGAGACCUGCACUGGCCUGAGGAUGAAUUUGCCAAGCACCUGGAGAGCCGCAUACAGCUCAUGUCCAGCAAUAUGAUCGAGAACUGCGUCAAGCGCACCAGGAUGGCCUUCGAGUCGAGACUGACAAAAAGCAGCAAGUCCACAGAUUUCCGCAUCUCUCCAACAUUAUGCACCAUGUUCAAUGUUAUGGUGGAUGCCAAGGACCAAUCAGCCAAGCUCUGUGCAAUGGAGAUGGGCCAGGAGAAACAGUACCACACCCAAAUUGAUGAGCUGAUUGAAGAAAGUGUAAAAGACAUGAUCCAGUUUCUGGUCGCUAAGUUUGUUGUGAUACUGGAGAGUGUCCUGGCCAAGAUUUCCAGAUACGAUGAAGGAACACUCUUCUCCUCAUUCCUCUCAUUCACGGUCAAAGCUGCCUCUAAAUAUGUGGAAGUACCUAAGCCCGGGAUGGACGUGGCUGAUGGCUAUGUGACCUUUGUGCGCCACUCUCAGGAUAUGCUUCGUGAUAAGGUCAAUGAAGAGGUGUAUAUAGAAAGGUUAUUUGAUCAAUGGUACACUGCCACCAUGAACCUGCUGGGGACCUGGCUGACCGAGCGCAUGGACCAGCAGCUGCACGUCUACCAGCUCAAGAUUCUCAUCCGGAUCACAAAGAAAAAGUACCGGGACUUCCGCCUGCAGGGCGUUCUGGACUCCACACUGAACAGCAAGAUGUACGACACGGUACGGAACCGGCUGACGAUGGAGGAGGCCUCUGCAUCAGUGAGGGAGGGGGGCAUGCAGGGCAUCUCCAUGAAGGACAGCGAUGAGGAGGAUGAUGAGGACUAG